AUGAAGGUCGGCGACGCGUCCGCCGGCCUGUGGCAGGCUGCAGCGGCCUGCUCGAGGGACGGCCACAACUCGAGCCACUGCUCGGACUCGGGCUCCAGGUCGAUCCACUUGCACAGGAACGGCCUGCCCGAGGAGUCACAGGUGAACGACAUCAGCGAGAUCACGCGCACCGGUCUGAGGAGCGGCGGGACCUUCGUGUCCUGCGGCGGGGCGAGCACCCUGCAGCAGAAGGAGUGCCGGUCCUGGCUGGCGAGGGUGGCAUGGACGAGGCGGUCUAUGACCUCAGCGAGAUCAUGA